AUGGACCCUUCACCUAAAGCGUUGAUCAGGCUUCUUCUGCCGCGUCUACCCUUGAUCUUCAAGACGGCCUUGUUCAACGCGUUGUCGAUAUCGAAGAACUCUGCCAAGCAAAACCUUACCACAGAAGUGGCCGUGGUUGUUUUACGAUCAAUUAUAUCCAUGAGACGGCCAGUACGUUUCUUGCAGAGAGUCUCGAUAAAAGAUCCAGGCAUUAAAGGGCCCAUCUGGGUCUCCAAAGUCUCCCUUCCUUCGCCUGAGGAUGGAGACGCUCUGCGAGAUGCUGUCUGUGCGGCUAUCGCUGAGCUAGGUACUGGCCAGGAGACGUACACCGUGCCUGAGCUUGCUACCGUGGAAGCCGAGUGGACCGGCUACAGAAGUGGUGUCUCAUCGACAGAGCCACGACUGGAGGCUGCAGAAGACGAACAGUAUCGAAAGAUGAUGAAAGAAGUGGAUUCCGAUGUCACGAUCCUUUACUUCCACGGCGGCGCGUAUUUCUUGAUGGAUCCGGCCACUGUCCGCGAUUCAACCUUGCGCCAGGCUAAAUUGACCCGGGGUAGAUGCUAUUCAGUGCGCUAUCGUCUUGCACCUCAGUACCCCUUCCCCGCACAGCUGCUUGAUGCGUUGAUAUCUUAUCUGUCUUUGCUAUCCCCACCUCCCGGAGUGCCGCAUGGACCCGUUCCAGCGAAGCAUAUCGUGUUUGCCGGUGACUCUGCUGGAGCAAAUCUUGCAACUGCCUUGCUACUACUUAUCCUUACCUUGCGAAGGAUGGGGUUGUCUACGAUUAAAUAUCACGGGAAUGAUGUCGCUAUUGAGGUACCAGCCGGGGUUGCCCUGAACUCACCCUGGGUAGAUAUCAGUCGGUCUCUGCCAUCCAUCAACAAGAAUGCCCAUUUUGACUACCUCGACCCUCCAACCGAUACUGGUGCUUCCAGACACGAACCGAUCCCCGAUGCACUAUGGCCGACCGACCCCCCUCGUGCCGACAUCUUCUGCAAUGCUUCGAUGAUGAUACAUCCAUUGACCUCUCCAGUGGCUGCAGCGCCAGAUCUCUGGAAGGGAAUGCCGCCAGUAUUCAUGUGCUUGGGUAACGAGGGUCUGGAAGAUGAAAUCCUGAUCCUCGCACGAAGAAUGCAUCAAGGUGGUGGCGUUGUCGAACUAGUCGGGUAUGAAGGCAUGCCCCAUUGCUUUGCGAUGAUGUUUCCCACGUCGGUAUCUGGGUCGGACUGCUACAAGCGCUGGUGUGAGUUUAGUUCCAAUGUUGUUCACGGCGGUGCGCAGUCUAUAACGUCCCGUGCAAGUUGGGUCAAGGCAUUCUCUAAACCGCUGCAAGCCAUUGAAAUUCCCAUCGAACAAGUCAGCAGUCUCAGUGACCAAGACGUUGCAGAUGCCAUGGAGAAGAUGCAACUCCACGCGCUUGCAAGAGAAAAGGAAGCUCAGCAAAAAUGGAAUGAACGACAAACUAGAGCCAGACUGUGA